AUGGCCGGUACAGCGGAGCGCGUGCCACCUCACGGCAACUCCUCACAAUUCGGCACCGAACGACCAACCACUUUCGCCGCCCAUCAACCACAUGGCGAUGUGAAGCCCAACGCCGGCUUCUCGCUGCCCGAUCGAGAUGCGGAAGAACGAGGAGAGACGGGCGAAGGCAUCGCAGAAUGGCAGCGACGAAAUGGCAUCGAUCCCUCCGCCCACAUUCGCAUCGUCAAGAUCGCCCACAUGCGCUACCAGCACGCCGAGCUCGUCAAGAUCACCCAAUUCCUCAAGGACUUUGGCAUGCACAUUGUCAAAGAGACGGAGGAUCGGGUGUGGUGGGGCGGGUACGGGACAGAUCCAUACGUGUAUUACUGCCAGAAGGGCGCCACGAAGGAAUUCUUGGGAGCGGCGUUCGAGGUGGAGAGCUACAAAGAUCUGGGAAAGGCGGCGAAGCUUCCCGGGGCAUCGCAGAUUGAAGAAAUGACAGAUGCGCCGGGAGGAGGGUACAUUGUUACGGUCAAGGAUGGGAACGGCUUUCCAGUGAACCUCAUCCACGGCCAGCAACCUGUGGCGCGCGGGGAGGUGCCGGGCAAGAUCAUCCAGAACUACGAGGUCGACAAGCCGAGAGUGCGCAGAUUUCAACGCUUCACUCCCGGCCCUGCUGCCGUGCACAAGCUCGGCCAUUUCGGGUAUACCGUGCGAGACUUCAAGGCGCAGCUCGACUUUUACACUCGAACGUUCAACCUCGUGCCCACCGAUUUCCUCUCCGCUCCGACGGAAGACGGCAAGCGAGGGGAGGAAGUGGUUGUCUUCUUGCACGUAGACCGUGGAGAGGAGCCUGUCGAUCACCAUACCGUCUUCUUCGGUGCCGGUAAAACAUCUCACGUCCAUCACGCGAGCUUCGAGGUGCACGAUUUCGACACGCAGCAGCUCGGACACCAAUGGCUUGCAAAGCAGAACUAUACACCGGUCUGGGGCGUGGGAAGGCACAUCCUCGGCUCGCAAGUCUUCGAUUACUGGGCGGAUACGAGUGGCAACAUGAUUGAGCACUACGCAGAUGGUGAUCUGGUCAAUCAAGAUACGCCCAUAGGCUGGGGCUCGGCCGCCGACGAGGCUUUGGCCGUCUGGGGACCUGAGUUGCCAAAAUGGUUUCUCGAUUAG